CUUUGCUCCCUGCAGUAAAGAGCUGAAGCUCAGUGACUGUUACUGAUCCUACUACUACAGCUGCUGCUGCUUCAACCUGACUGUUGUGUUUCACUCUGCAGCUCGUCGGUCACAUGGCAGCCAUGAAGAGCAUCCUGGGUCUCCUGGUUCUGUUUGCAGUCUCAGCCUGGACCGAAGCCAUGGUUGUGAACAGAGCAGGUGCAAACAGUGACACAGAAGCUGAGGGAGGCCUGUCCGUCUCAGAGCUGCUGGGCAGAGCCAACAGAAACCUCAACCCCAUCCAAGAUGGCUUCCAGCUGCGAGGCGACAUCGCUGUUCCCAACCACAGGAACGCUGACCCCUGCACUCAGACUGGCUGCAUGUGGCCUAAAGCCUGUGAUGGCAACGUCUACAUUCCCUACCUCAUUGAUAGAGUGUACACCGCUAAGCAGCUCAGUGUCAUCACAAGUGGCCUCAACUCCUUCUCCAACUCCACCUGCAUCCGCUUCAUCCCCUACACAAACCAGACAGACUACAUCUACAUACAGUCUCUCAGUGGAUGCUACUCCUAUGUGGGUCGUAUUGGAGGUCAACAGACCGUGUCACUAAACUCUGCAGGUUGCAUUUAUUUUGGAGCAACCCAACAUGAGCUGCUCCACGUUCUGGGCUUUGACCAUGAGCAGUGCCGCUCCGACCGGGACCAGCACGUCCAGAUUCUGCUGCAGAACGUCAUCCCUGGUGAAGAAUACAACUUCAACAUGAUCAACACUCUGAACCUGGGAACUCCUUAUGACUACAACUCUGUGAUGCACUACAACAGACUGGCUUUCUCCAAGGACAAUGUGAGUCCCACUAUUGUGGCUAUUCCCAACCCCAACACUGUGUUUGGCACAGCCACACAGAUGAGCCAGAACGACAUCGACCGCAUCAACCUGCUGUACUGCUCCAAGAAGCUACGCUGACCUUCAUUUGAAACUGAUUAUCAUCAUGAGUUAAACAUCAUGUCACUACAUGACAUGAAGAUGUAGUAAACAUAUUACAAUAAUUACUCAUUCUGUUGAAUAGUGUAUUUUUGUGACUGAUGGCUUUAAGUAAUUACAUUUUCAUUCAAUAAAUAAAGA